AUGCCUCUAAUCGACUACUCGAAAUGGGACAACAUCGACACGGAUUCCGAGUCCGAAAAUGUUGCGCCCUGCGCUCCCUCGAAGCCCGCGUCAAAGCCAACCGCGGCGCCGGCAAUGACUCCGAAAGCUUCAUCUACAACCGCUACCACCACAAUCUCCCCUCGUCCUCGAGCGGCACCGUCAAAGCGGCUAUCGUCCGCUGUAGUGGCGACAAAGGUCUCCCAUGGGAAGCCACGAACAUCCCCUCAGACCACGCCGUCUUCAACAAUACUGUACCACCCUGUGCCGGCGCUGCUCGAGUUCCCCGUAGUCAUCCACCGCGUGGGCACGCAAGCUAACGGGACAUUUGGCUGCCUCGACUACCAACCCAUCACUUACAUCCACGCCGAACCGGUAUCGUGUCUGGCGCUGCCGCAGUGGCAGUCGGGCAUCGGCACCGUGAUCGUCGCGCGCAGGACAAGAAGGAUCUGUCGCCCGAGCACUACGAGGGGAUCUGGGUGUACAUGAAUUUUAUCACGGACUG